CAACGGCACUACCCAAGGCCGGUCCAGCACUGUCAACGAAAGCACACAAACCAAUGGCUUCCACGAGCCGAACGCGGGAAAACUGAGCAAGGAGGGGGAGGGGGAGGGCCCCUGGUCGGUAGAGAGUGGUAUGUCGUGAACUGGGAGCGCUGUCCUGCUGAAGAACGAGAAUCUCCGCUAUCUCGAGAACACCGACUCCCCCAUUCCCUUCUUCCACCUCCUCGAGCGCCUCAAGACCACCCACCGCGCAGGAUGGCGUCGCUUCGGAAUCGACGACUGCGAAUCCAUCUCCGACCACAUGUAUCGCAUGUCCUUGAUCACUAUGAUGGCGCCCGCCUCGCUCACCUCGAAGCUCGACAUGGCCAAGUGCACCCGCAUGGCGCUCAUACACGACAUGGCCGAAGCCCUUGUGGGAGACAUCACGCCUGUCGACAACGUCUCUAAGCCUGAGAAGAGCAGACGCGAGUCGGAAACCAUGGACUACAUCUGUCACAAGUUGCUGGGCAAGUUCAGCGGCGGACUCAACGGCCAGCAAGUGAGGGCCAUAUGGCAGGAGUACGAGGACAGCGAGACGCUUGAGAGCAAGUUCGUGCACGAUGUGGACAAAGUGGAGCUCAUCUCGCAGAUGGUCGAAUACGAGCGCAAACACCAGGGCAGCAUAGAUCUGGGCGAGUUCACAUGGGUAACCAAGAAGAUCCUCUCUGCUGAGGUCAAGGGCUGGUCUGAUGAGCUGCUCUUGGAACGUCUGGAGAUGUGGAAGGGCUUUGGCAAGGACCCGAACUGGGCAGACGGCACCAAACCAGAGUCCAAGCCCACACUUCCCUAGAGACAGGUACCGUUGUUCCCGACAGGAAGAUUACAAGGAGGUUGCCGAUUCGAGCAUAGCACGAUUGCAUAGCCUGCGACUGAAUUCGGCAUGAUACAAAGCAGUGUUGAGGAUGCGGGGAGGUCCUGUUUGGCGUUCAAGAAGGUUUUAGACGGAGUGGUGAGCCUUAAGACUUUUGAUAUCCCUAGCAUCAUCUAUUUGGAGUAUUAUCUACUAUCCCC